AUGAGAAUUAUAUUUUCAGUGGCCUUGAUGUGCAGCUGCCUAGCAGGAAUGGUGAGCUGGGUGCUGUGUGCCAUGUGGCCAAUGCGGUGCACACAUCUAGCAACUGCGCCGCAAGUUAAUGCUGAGCCGUCACGUCAACACGAGGAUUGGCGACAGUCUGCGGCGGCUGACGGACCCAACACCGUCGAUCCGAGUCCCGCAUCCAACACGGCGACCAACGCGUCCGAGACGAGGCCUGAGUUUGCCACCAAUCCGAGCGAAAUGAUGGUCCCGAAUACGUCCAAGAAGAGGCUUUCCUUUGCCAACGGUCCGAGAAUAUUAGUGGCGCUGAAUGCAUCGGAGAUCAUGUCUGUCACUUAUGGCGGCAGGGGACACGUUGCUGCGGAUAACACGGACGAGGUGAGUGAGCGCAACGCCACUGGAUACAAAUCUCUCGUUUUAGAAAAUGGCGUUGCAGGCAGUGGAUUUGUUGCUGAGGGUGAUGCGGACGGAUUGACUCAACGCAAUGCCUCUGGACACGAAAACCCCAAUUACGAGAAUUCACCGCGCAGUAUUCCGUUAACGGUGUGA